GGCUAAACCCUUUUGCCUUCUCUGCUUUUUCAUCCAAAGUCCAAUUAGCCUCUCUCUCUCUCUCUCCUCGCCGGAGAUCAGCUAGAUUCCUCCGUCACCACCGCAUCUCACCGGAGAUUUUCCUUCCGUCAUUCUGAAAUAAUUCAACUAUUACACCAAUUUUUACUCGGUAGAUACUGUCGAUGGCAACCAUUGUAGCUAAUAAAGAAUUUACGGGAAACCCAAGACGCCAACUCGCUAAGCUCUUUGAGGUGUCUCUUAAAUUAACUGUUCCUGAUGAACCUAAUGUUGAGCCUUUGAUCGAGCCUGGCAAAUUCGGAGAUUACCAAUGUAACAAUGCAAUGGGACUAUGGUCCAUUAUCAAAGGAAAGGGUACGCAGUUCAAGGGUCCUCCCGCUGUUGGACAGGCUCUUAUUAAGAAUCUCCCUAGUUCUGAGAUGGUGGAAUCAUGCUCUAUAGCUGGACCUGGAUUUGUUAAUGUUGUACUAUCAGCUAAGUGGAUAGCUAAGAGUAUUGAAAAUAUGCUUGUUGAUGGAAUUGAUACAUGGGCGCCUACUCUUUCUGUUAAGAGAGCUGUAGUUGAUUUUUCCUCUCCCAACAUUGCUAAAGAAAUGCAUGUUGGUCAUCUAAGAUCAACUAUUAUCGGUGACACGCUUGCUCGUAUGCUCGAGUACUCUAAGGUUGAAGUUUUACGCAGAAACCAUGUUGGUGACUGGGGAACACAGUUUGGCAUGUUGAUUGAGUUUCUCUUUGAGAAAUUUCCUGAUUCAGAUAGUGUGACUGAGACAGCAAUUGGAGAUCUUCAGAUGUUUUACAAGAAAUCAAAAUUGAGAUUUGAUUUGGAUCCGGAGUUUAAGGAAAAGGCACAACAGGCUGUGGUCCGUCUACAGGGUGGAGAUCCUGUUUACCGCAAGGCUUGGGCUAAGAUUUGUGAAAUCAGCCGAAAUGAGUUUGCCAAGGUGUACCAACGCCUUCAAGUCGAGCUUGAAGAAAAGGGAGAAAGCUUUUACAACCCUUAUAUCGCUAACGUAAUUGAGGAAUUGAGCAGCAAGGGGUUAGUUGAAGAAAAUGAAGGUGCUCGUGUGAUAUUCGUCGAAGGCUUUAACAUCCCACUCAUAGUUGUAAAGAGUAACGGUGGUUUUAACUAUGCCUCUACCGAUCUGACUGCUCUUUGGUAUCGGCUUAAUGAAGAGAAAGCUGAGUGGAUUAUAUAUUUGACCGACCUUGGCCAGCAGCAGCACUUUCAUAUGUUCUUCAAAGCUGCCAGAAAAGCAGGCUGGCUUCCAGACGAUGACAAAACUUACCCUAGAGUUAACCAUGUUGGUUUUGGCCUUGUCCUUGGAGCUGAUAACAAGCGAUUUAGAACUCGGGCAAACGAGGUAGUCCGACUAGUUGAUUUGCUAGAUGAGGCCAAGGAUCGCAGUAAAGCUGCCCUUAUUGAGCGAGGUAAAGACAAAGAAUGGACACCUGAGGAGCUGGACCAAAUAGCUGAGGCAGUUGGAUACGGUGCGCUGAAGUAUGCUGACCUGAAGACCAACAGAUUGACGGGUUAUACUUUCAGCUUUGAUCAAAUGCUUAAUGACAAGGGAGAUACAGCUGUUUACCUUCUUUACGCCCAUGCUCGGAUCUGCUCAAUCAUAAGAAAGUCUGGCAAAGACAUAGAUGAGCUAAAAAAGACAGGAAAGAUAGCAUUGGAUCAUGCAGCGGAACGGGCACUGGGGCUUCACCUGCUUCAAUUUGCUGAGACGGUUGAGGAAGCGUGCACCACAUUGUUACCGAACGUGCUGUGCAAGUACCUUUACUACUUAUCUGAGGAGUUCACCAAAUUCUACUCCAAUUGUCAGGUGAAUGGUUCCGCCGAGGAGACAAGCCGUCUCUUACUUUGCGAAGCAACGGCUAUAGUGAUGCGGAAAUGCUUCUACCUUCUUGGAAUCACCCCUGUUUACAAGCUUUGAUCCAUCAACAUCACAAUGAAACUACCCAAAAGGCAAUAGGAUUUUUUUCUGUUUCGACAAAAUUUUUACUUGAAUCUGUGGUUCAAUAUAUGGUAAUUCACUAA